CUGUUUGACUCAUUCUCCAGACGCAGAGAAGAGUGAGACGACAAUGGAAGAGUGCCAUUAUGUGAAGGACCAGGAUGGCAGUGCCCUUUGGAUCAAAGAGAGUCCACCCAUACCCCGCUCAGCUGUCUCUAAGUUCAGACACUGGCUGUUUCCUGCUCUGACAGGCGUGAUCAUGCUGAUUCUGAUCGUAGUCCUGGGAACUACCAGUAUAAUGCUGUCAAAUCACCUGUGGUCGGUGGAGCAGAGACUUUCUAACCAGAGUGACAUCAUCCAGUCACUGUAUACCUCAGUGCAACAAGGUCAAGAUAUGAAAACAUCAAAUCAUCUAUUAUCUGUGGAGCAGAGAGUUUCCAACCUGAGUGAUGUCAUCAAAUCACUAGACACCUCACUGGAGCACGCUCAAGAAACAGCUAAAGAAGUUAAGCAGCUGCAGUUUGCUGUUGAGAACAACAAGGACCAGCUGACUUCAGUGUCGAAGAUGCUGAAGAAGUUAUCAGUCAUUGACUCUCUCAGCAGGAGUGUUGCUGCCAUCAAAUGUUCCCUCGACCUCAUCAACAACAGUUCAGCUGCAGGAGGUUGUUGUCCUCCGAAUUGGAUUGCUUUUUCCACUAGUUGCUACUACUUCAGCCGUGUGUCUCUCUCCUGGAACGAUUCAAGAGACUGGUGUGAAACAAAACAAGCUCACCUGGUCACUCUGCGUACCGACAAGGAAUGGGAAUUUGUGACCCAUGGAACCAUGCCCGAGCUUUUCUGGGUUGGUUUGUCUGACUGGAGAACUGGGAGCUGGGAGUGGGUGGACCAGACGCCGUACACUGUGGACCCCAGACGGUGGAAACCAGGGCAGACCGACAACUGGGCCCAUCAUGGUUUAGGCCCUGGUAAUGAAGACUGCGCUCACCUUCACGAUGAUGGACGCCUGAAUGACCAGCACUGCUCCAUCAAGGAGCGCUUCAUCUGCCAGAAAGACAUCCCGAGUGCCUGAACACACUUGGUGUCCUGGCUCCGCCCACAUCACAUUUUGAAGAACUUCUCCCACUAAAGCACUAAUUAAAGAAAAAAAGGAAAAAAUUAUUUGUGAAUUUUUUGUCCAUGACCUCUUGGAGCCUACCUGCAGUACUACUAAGCUAUGCAAAAAACAAAACAAAAACAAAUAAAACAACAAAGAGGACAGGAAUGAAAACAAGCAUCCCUCUAAACCCUCUCAUCAAACUCCAGCAACACUUUAAAUCCCAGUUUUCAUCCUGACUCACAGUGCCUGUGAUGAUCCUUUUCCUGAACCCAGCGAUACUUCAAAAACAUUUUGAAUUGUUCUGUAGUCCAUGUAGCUUUAAAUAUGUGUGCCAUAUUCAAUCUCCAAGCUUCUAAAGUUAUACAUUCAUUUCUGCAGCAAUAUGCAGUGUCAGAGGUUUGGUGUUACUUUAGCCGUAAUACCAGACAAUGUUCCUUUUUCUCUCCAGUGCAUUCUACUUUUUCUAGAAUUGACUUCUUUCUUGUGGGUAUCAAACUGCUCUCCUCAGUUAGGUCAUGUUACUAUAAUCCCCUAGUCAUCUCAGACAUUCGCCCGUGAUUCUGAUUCUUUCUCUCCCGAGCAGACCUAUCUCACGGUCUCCAUGGCGUUUUAAUUCAGUUUUACUUAAUAAUUCUGAUUUUGUCAAAACUGUUAAUGACCAUUUAGAUCAGUUUGUUUCCAAUAAUGCUGCUCCAGUUAUUUCUGCCGCAAUGAUUUGGGAGGCAUGUAAGGCAUAUCUACGAGGUGAGAUAAUAGCUUACUCAGCAUAUCUUAGAAAAACAACCGCACAAAAAAAGUCUUGUCCUUUCAAGUGCAAUAUCCGAAUUACAAACAAAAUGUGCAGAGUCCCCUGCUCCAGACCUGAUAAAAAUAUGUUGAUAAUAAAAGGCUGA